AUGUGGCGACUGAGGUCCGGGAAGGCCAAUGCGGCGCUUCUCGCGGUUCCCGGCGGCCGCUCCUUCUGGGAUCCCUACGGCCACCAACCGGAGUCGAUGUUUCUCGAUCGCAAAGAUCUCGAGCAGAUGUACCCCACGCGAAAACCGAAGACGACUGGAGGGGGUUUUGGCUACGAACGCGGCCCUUAUUGGGCGGCGAUGCACCUCCCGAACCCGGCCGUUCGCCUCCCGCAUGAGCGGCGUCGGCUGAACCCCAAACCCGCGCGUCGGGUAACCGUCUUCGGCGCCUCCGGCUACCUCGGCGCGGAGAUCGUUCGGGAGCUUUGUGAGCACCCGAAAAUCGAAUGCGUGCGGGCCUGUACGCGGUACCCCACCCUCAUCCCCCCGGGUUCCGACCUCGAUCUCCUGCUUCAGCGCUACCCCGAGAAGAUCGAGCUGCAUGAGUGCGACGUGACGGAUCGCAUCCAGGUAAACGUCGCCUCGAACGGCAGCGAUACCCUCAUCUUCGCCGUCGACUACCACGCGGAGUACGCGAAUAACAGCCACUACGACGUCUUCUUUACGGGGGCGACGAAUGUGAGUUGGACGGCGCGCAGCGUCCGUGCGGAUCGCGUGAUUUACAUCACCGGCCUCGACGCCACCUUCGCGUCGGAGUCGAACUACGUCGACCAUCGCGCGCGCGGCGAGGACGCCGUCGGGGCGAACCACCCGGACGCCACCCUGAUCCGAUUCGGGCCGCUCUACGGGCGAAAUUAUCGCUACCGCGGGCUCGGCCGUUUCCUCUACCCGGCGUGCUUCCCCAACACCCUCGUGCAGCCGACGUGGGUCGUGGAUGCGGCGCGGAGCGUCGUGCGGUGCGCGCGCGCUCAUCGCGCGGUGCGCUACCGAUUCGACCUCGGCGGCCCCGAAACCCUCCCCCACGUCGAUGCCUUUCGCGAGAUCGCGCGGUAUUACGAGCCGCGAUGGGUUUUCCCCUGCUACCGUGGCCUGGGGCGAUUUUUUGGCAAACUCGCCCCAUGGGUGAUCCCGAACCCGUGGUUUGACGAUAACUACAUUCUCACGUUUGAGCUCGACCAGGUGAAUCGGCGAAGCACGUUGUUCGAUCGUCUCGCGAGCUGGGAGCGGCUCGCCUACACCCCGCAUACGAUUCGAGAGGCGGCCGAGAUCGAACGCGGGGUGCGCGCCCUCCCGCCGCUGCACGAGCUCGAUAUCGCCUUUGAGGAGCUGGAGGCGGCCGACAAGGCCGCGGAUCGCGCCGAGGAGGAGAACGCGAAGAAAUUCGGCAUCCACCGCGCCAAAGCGGAGCCUGGGUUCGGCCGCACGGACGGGCUCGAGGCCCUCGCGCAGGAGAUCUACCCAGGGCAGCAAUUCCGUGUGCGUCCGUUGGAGGGCGCGAAGUACCCGUCGACCGUCAAAAACCCGGGGCCCAAUGCGAUUCAUUAA